ACCUAUCGCUCGUCUUUAUCCAAGCUUACUAUAUCACAUCAUAUAACAAGCGAGCGAAGCCAUCGACAGCCGGCUUUCCGUAGUUUGACGUGCUUUGCCCGGGAUAUCACGUGACUCAUAACGUCAUCUCUUGUUCCGUCGCGAUUUCGGAAUACCUGGAUACGCCCACUUCUCUACCUAGCUCUUCAGACGAUACCAGCAACAACCUCUCAUUCUCUAUUCCUGGCCAAUUGACCUUCAAUUGACCUCAUAAUCAAGUCAAGAUGUUCGCCCGAUCUGCAUUCCGCGCUGCUCAGCCUUUGAGGUCUGUUCGUCGAUAUGCCACCGAGGCCGGAGGUGCUGGAGGAUCCAAUGCUCUUCUCUACGGCGCUGGAGCUGCUGCCGUUGGAGCUGCUGGUUACUGGUACUUCAGCAAGGGCGGAGCUCCCUCUGCUGCGGCCGCUGCUGCUGAGGUGAAGCAGGCCGUUGGUGUUGAGCCAAAGAAGGCCUUCACCGGUGGUGACCAGGGUUUCGUUUCCCUCAAGCUUUCAGAGGUUGAGCUUGUCAACCACAACACCAAGCGUCUACGCUUUGAGCUUCCCGAGCCCGAUCAAGUCUCUGGUCUGCACGUUGCCAGCGCCAUUCUUACAAAGUACAAGGGCCCUGAAGAUGAAAAGGCUACUCUCCGACCCUACACCCCUAUAAGCGAUGAAAAUGAGAAGGGUUUCAUCGACUUGCUCGUUAAGAAGUACCCCAAUGGUCCUAUGAGCACACACCUCCACAAUCUUGUUCCCGGCCAGCGCCUCGACAUCAAGGGUCCUCUGCCUAAGUACACCUGGGAGGAGAACAAGCACGACCACAUUGCCCUUAUUGCCGGUGGUACUGGCAUCACCCCCAUGUACCAGCUCGCUCGCGCUAUUUUCAACAACCCCAACGACAAGACUAAGGUCACCCUUGUGUUCGGCAACGUCUCCGAGCAGGACAUCCUUCUGAAGAAGGAGUUUGAGCACCUCGAGAACACAUUUCCCCAACGUUUCCGUGCUUUCUACGUCCUCGACAACCCCCCCAAGGAGUGGGUCGGCAACAGUGGCUACAUCUCCAAGGAGCUCCUCAAGACUGUUCUCCCUGAGCCCAAGAACGAGAACAUCAAGCUGUUUGUCUGCGGCCCUCCCGGCCUCAUGAACGCCAUCUCCGGAAACAAGGUCAGCCCCAAGAACCAGGGUGAGCUGACCGGUGCCCUUAAGGAGCUUGGCUACAAGGAGGACCAAGUGUACAAGUUCUAAGCGAAUGAUGCGCAUGUAAUGAUAGUAUUGAAUGAUGGCGACAAAGCAUAAAGAGAACAGUGUAAGAUCUGCUAUAGAAGCGAUAUAGACGACGGGAUGCCGUCUAGAAUUGAUAAAGUCAAUCUACAUUUCGAUUUUGGGCAUGCUUCAAGGGGGAAAUGUACUUAGGCAUAAACACAUACUGCCCGAUCCCAACCCAUAGACUUAUGAUAAGAUCACUAAGCCUUCUGGCAAGGACGCUCAACUUAUGAUAAUAGUCCCAAGCUUAUGAUGCCAUACUUCUUAGUUAUUUAAAAUAGGGCAGGUAAAUUCCCGGUCGACGGACAGGCAACUAUGUCCCGUCAUGUGGCCUAUAGAAAACACAGCAUAAUUCACAUCGCAAUCUCUUAAUGAGAUGGCACGAAAACUGGCUAAUCAGUUUCAAAUUUGAGCAUAAAUAGCUGUAUAAUUCCUAAUUCCAGAGCCAAGACAGCUUAAUCCGAAAGGCUAUCAAUGGCAUUGUUAAUGGAGC